AAAAUAAAUUCACUUCUGAUGUUUUAAUUAAAAUGUUUGCCACAUGAACUUCUCUGAUGCCUUAAAAGUGAACUUCUUUGAAGAACUUUUGUGCUGUUUUAUCACAGGCUUACACCACAAUUGUUAAUCACAACUUUAUUUGGAUGAUUUCUGGUGUAAAAAAUAAGGGGAACAAAAGCACAAUGCUGGUGUACAAUUCUGCCACUCCUUUCCGUGUCGAUUUUCUGCUGCACUCUGCAUUCUCCCAAACCCUGCUCUGCUCAAAAACGGGGAAGUUUCGCGGGAAAUCAGGAUCACACCGAAUUUUUUAUGUCUGGGAGUUGUUUAUUUAGGUUUCUUGGGGUUUUUUUUUUUAGGGAACUUUUUGUAAUCAACCCGUAGCCAACCCUACUUUUUAAACUGGAACGACCUCCGCCUAUCCCGUGGCUCUCAGUGCCAAACCCAGCCAGAGAAACGUGGAGUUGUUUUUAUUUUUACUUUGCACUAAAUCCUUUGCCAGCGCAGCACUGAACAAAGCGUUGCAAACUGCAGCAGAAUUCACCUUUUAACCAAAAUAGGAGGGAACAUUUCAAUUUUUUUUUUAAAUUAUUAUUAUUAUUUUUAUUUUUGUUUUUUUUUUUUUUCUUUUUGGACAAAAAAAAAAAAACAAAUGCACAUUUUAGUCAAGCUUUUCUGAAAGGGUUUAGAAGAAGGGUUCAGCAUAGCACAGCUCUGUGAGCAUGGCCAAGGCUUGGCUAGGUGGGAAAGCCUGAGAAGUCACUUUGGAACUGAAUUGCCUCCGUUAUAUUUUGUCUAAGUAAGGUUUUGCUCUAAAAAAAAAAAAAUAAAAAAAGAGGUCACGUGUACAUGUUAAGAAAGUCUGCAAGUUCCUUCAUAAAUGCAAUCUGUUUGUGUUUUAGAUUAAUUAGUCAAUGCACUCAUUGCUUCAUUGUCUCCAGACGGAAAGCUUCACUAAAUGGUAGAUUUUACUGUUAAAGACCCUACAAUAAGAUUGUUUUAUCUGUACAUUUUUUCAUAUAUUUAACUGUAUAAAAAAAUGUUCAUUUUACACAAUAUUUAAUUAAAGUAUUUCUUGUCUGUGAAUUUCA